AUGAUCGCAUCAUCACCUGCACUACCAGGUGCAAAGCCAAUCGACGACGACAUUCCAUCUCAGAAGCCUCCUGGGAAAACUGAGACUCAGGUGCCAAAUGACAGCCCCGUUCCGCUCUCGUUUCCUGCGAUCUUGCGCAACCCGAAGCUCGCAGACCGAUAUGCCUACCUCCGCGAGCGUCCGCCAGCUACACCACCCAAGACCUCGAUCUCGAAAGCGCGCCGGGACGAACAUGAGGGGAAGCGGUGGAUACGGAGGAGGGAAAACGCUAAGUUUGCGGAUAACCCUCAUAUUGCGCCACCCUCGCGCGGUGAUCACGCGGUGCCAGUCCCUUCGAAGCUCUCCACCUUUCCCAUACCGUUACCUCCUUAUCUUCCUCGGUCAUCCGUGCUGCCUCCUAGUGUUCCUGGUUCUCGUGACCCCACGAGUGCUACUGCUGGAUUGUUUUCACUCUCACUAAAGGGCGCCCGGCGAGCAUUGAGAACCAGACCAGGCGCCCGGAAUAUAGUAGAAGCGAUUGAGGGUCAUUUGUGCGCCUGGCUUGAGGGAGGGACGUACCCGGGAGAGGAUGAGGGUAUGAUCUUUCCUGGGGAGAAGGUAGGAGGGAGGGAAGAUGUGCUGGAGGUGAGCAGGCGGGCGGUCGGUCUUGUGUGGGUUGUUGGGAAGGAUGGUGCGGAUGGUGCGUUUGAAAGGUAUGUGGUACAUUGUCUGGCUCGGUGGUAUGGGGUUGUUAGCUUCAGUAAAGAGGUCGAUGGUACACGCUUGACAUAUCUUCUGCGACCCCAAGUCGCGCAAGCCGUGGGCUCAACACUCGACACGCCUCCUGCGACAGACAUUUCCCAAGUUGAUACCGAAUCAGAUUUCGUAUCUGAUAUUCACACGUCUGACCUGGACUCGGACUUUGCAUCCGAGAUAGAACAUGAAGCACACGCCGGAGAACUCUCAGCAAUUUCGGAGGCACCCUCAUCCCCCACGGCGUGGUCUGUGAUCGGUGGAUCAGACCUCGAGUUUGAUGAAGGGUUCGCAGCGUCCGUAGAGUCGCUCUCCCUAGAUGCGGAAGCUAAUGAUUUGGAGAGGACACCACGCGCAGCUGGCGUGCGAGGGAGCGGCGGUGUGUACGUGCGGAAUGCGCGUACCCGAUUUAGUGCGUGGAAUGAGCCUCGGAGUGGGUCAUCACCAUCAAGGUCCCCUGCGAGAAGACCACCACCUAUGCGACGGGCGAUAAAGCAACAGGGGAUGAAGAAGGCGGGGAAGAAGGCAGUGAAGGGGACGUUUUAUGAUUAUUUAUUUGCCUGA